GUGACGCACCCAGAGAAAGACACAUGCAGGGGGAUGCAAAUCAGCUGGAACGGAUCACUGCGCGUUUGAAUAGAGCAGAGCCAUGAGCACCAACUUUUACAUAAAGUAUAUAUCGGGGAUUCGGUGCCAUAAAUGUGCAUGGUGCACUUCGGCAGGAACCUGUUGGUCGGGUCUGGUGAGCGGCAUGGUUUGCCUUGAAGAGGAGGGAGUGUCUAUUGGAUAGCCGUAUCCAGAAGAGUUGCACACAACAAGGAGCAAGACGUGAUUCCUCUCUCCCGUUUACUUCCUACAACCUGCCUUCUGUGAUCUGAGAUCCGAGAACCGCUGUCUGACAUUUCGCUGGCCUGCUCCCGGUUUCCCUUCGCAUUCUCCCCUGGAUGACCGCGUGAAACCCAAAAGGUGUCUCUACCAAAGCCAUGGCCUCUCGCGUGGAGGGCCAGCCCAGCUCGGGGCUUGCGGACGGGGAGAAGAAGAGCUCCUACGGGGGCUCCUUGAGAGCCGGGCCGCUAUCCAAACCCCUGAUCACGCCCAAGCCCUUCUCUCUGCAGCGCAACACCACCCUCCGCUCCAUCAACGCCCCAAAGACCACUGUCCCGUCUUCUCCGUCAUCGCCGUCUCGAGUCUCCAUCAAGAACCUCUUCCCCGGGGCCGCCAAACCCGAGCCCAGCGCUGUGCCGCAGUCCAGUCCAGCCAUCACUGACGCAAAGCCAACACGAGAAUCUUCCGCUUUGAAGGGGAAAAGAGAGGAGGGGUCUGCCUCACGGCCAAGUGACACGUCCGACUCGGCGAGUGUUCCUAAAGCCAGCGGGCUGCCGACGCCUCGCCCGAUAGAAAGAAAGAGAAGCCCUGUGAGCAGCCCUGCUGAAGAACCCCUGAAGAUCACUAAAGAUGACAAGACCGCCCCUCUAUCAGUCCCUGUUAAAGAACAAGUAAUUAUCAGUGGAGAAAUCACUGUAAAAGAUGAGAAGAAGGUACCAGACACCACCUCGGCUGCGGCAACCUCGGACCCCACCAAACCCAAGACCCACCCUGUAGUGGACCAGCCCGCCACAAGGGACACAACCCCUCCCGACACAAUCCCAAGGUCUGCUGUCACCCUAAGGCGCCCCAAGGCCUCCACGGGCGUUUUAGAACUAAAAGACGAAGCCAACGCAAAGGACCCUCUCAGCCCAACGUCCCAAGAUCCACCAAUCAAGCGUAGCCUGGUCAGGAACCGCUUGUCAAUGGAGCUCACUAUGAAAUUUGAAUCAGGUGGCCAGCCUCUGCCCUCCCUGCCUCCCCAAACAACCAGAGGUAAAUACGUAGGAAAACUGCCAACGUCUGCCGUCGAACCAGAAAAGAUAAACCCAACUGUAGUUCAACCGAGUAGUGAAAAGGGCGCAGAGGUGCUGAAGCUGGAAGCAGAGGAGGACAGAACAGGGGGAAGCAGUAUAAAACGUAGAAUCACUCUGCUUUUUGACUCAUCAUUGAGACCUGAGGUCGCUGUGAAAAGGGAGGAGCCACCAGUUGUCACCCAAUCAAACGAAACAGGAGCAGCGGUCAAAGACAGAAUUAAAAACUGGGCAUUGGAGACGAAUGCAGACACAGACAAUAUUGUCCAACCUCAAACUAAAACUCCUACAAAAGACUUCGACAGUAUCGACCCUCCCAAGGAAGAAAAUACACCAAGAGAGAUGUCCACAGAGGAGACUGCAGAUCUACUUCCAGCGGUCUCAUCAGCUGCAAAGCCGUUGGAUGAUCCCGUGGAGACACCCCAGAGUACUUCUCCUGAUGAGGAAACCCCAGAAAGCUCCACAGAUAAGUCCUUAGAACCCGUCCAGGACGGCGUGUCUGACAGUGCAGCUGUGCUCUCUGACCCCAGCUCCGCGGAAGCCCACCGAGCCAACCCACUGAAGGACAGGACCCUGCGUCGGUCAGUUCGCUUUGGGACCGUGGAGCGGGAUGACGGCAAACCUCCGGUGCUCCUGGGGUCCGAACCCGAGUCCAGCGCAGAGGAGGAAGACCUUUCCGAGGAUGAAGGCCACGAGGGCCCAACGGAGGAGGCGAUCAAAAUAGAGAAAGAGAAAGAGCGGGAAAAGCAUGAGGAGUUUAUGUGGCAGAAACAAAGGGAAGAGCAGAAAGAGAAGGUGACACGGAUGGAAGAGCGACUUCGAGAGAACGAGACGUUUAAAGAGGCGGAGCGGCAGAAACAGAGACAGAGGGAGGAGGAGGAAGAGGCGCAGAGAGAGCGGUUGAAGCAGAAAGAGAGAGAGCUAGAGGAAGACAGAGAAAGGGUCAGGCGGGACGAGGAGAUGAGAAAGAAGGAGAAACAGUUAGAGGAGGAGAGAUUGAGAAAGGAGGAGAAAGAGAGGGAGAGUCAGAGAGAAGAGGAGAGGGAGAGACAGAAAAAAGAGGAGAGACUAAGAGCGGAGGAGAGAGAGAGGGAGAGACAGAGAGAAGAGGAGAGGUUGAAAGAAGAGGAGAGAGCGAAACAGAGGGCAGAGGAGAGAUUACAAGUGGAGGAGGAGAGAGAGAAAAAGAGAGUAGAGGAGAGAUUACAAGCGGAGGAGACCGAGAGGGAGAGACAGAGAGAAGAGGAGAAAGAGAAAGAAGAGGAGAGAGAGAAAAAGAGAGUAGAGGAGAAAUUACAAGCGGAGGAGACCGAGAGGGAGAGAAAGAGAGAAGAGGAGAGAUUACAAGCGGAGGAGACUGAGAGGGAGAGACAGAGGAAAGAGGAGAAAGAGAAAGAAGAGGAGAAAGAGAAAGAAGAGGAGAGAGAGAAAAAGAGAGUAGAGGAGAAAUUACAAGCGGAGGAGACCGAGAGGGAGAGAAAGAGAGAAGAGGAGAGAUUGAAAGAGGAGGAAAUAGAGAAACAAAGAGAUGAGGAGAGAUUGAAAGAAGAGGCGAAAGAACGACAGACAUUGGAGGAAAGAUUGAAAGUGGAAGAGAGAGAGCGAGCGAGGUUGGAGGAGAGACUGAGGGAGGAGGCGAAAGAGAGACAGAAAGUGGAGGAAAGGUUGAGAGAGGAAGCGAAAGAGAGACUGAGGUUGGAGGAGAGACUGAGAGAGCAAGAGCGAGAGAGGCAGAAAAUGGAAGAGAGAUUGAGGGAAGAGGAACUCGUACAAGAAAGGUUGAAAAAAGAGGCGAUGGAGAGGGAAAGACAGGUGGAGUUGAUGCAACAGAGAAAGAGAGACGAGGACAGAGAGCGGGCAAGGCAGAUGGAGGAGAGACUGAGAGAAGAAGAGAGGGUAAGGGAGGAGGCCAGGAGGAGAGAAGUGGAGGAAACAGAAAGAUCAGAGGACCAACUUAGGGCAGAACGGAUUGAGAGAGAGGCAGAAAGGAUUUUAGAGGUUAAGAGAGAAAGAGACAGACUGAUAGUGGAGGCAGAGGAGCGCGAAAGAGAGAGACAAAAGCAGCAGAGACUUCGGGAGGAGCAGGAGAGAGAAAGACAGACACAGGAAGCGCUUGACAGGAAGAGAGCCGAAGAACAAGAGCUGAAGCUUCGAGAGACGGAGAGGAGGAGAGAAGAGGAAGAGAGGGAGAGAGGGAGCGAGAGGGAGAGAGAGAGAUUACAAGAAGAACAAGAAAGGAUCAAGAAGCAGCAGGAAGAAGAAGAGAGAGCUCAGGAGAGAAAGGAGGAGGCAGCGAGGAGGAAGCAAGCAGAGGAGGAGGAAGUGACACGGCAACAGGCGGUCAGAGAUAGAGAGUGCCCCGCAGUGGACACGGCCAUCUUAAUCAGCUUUGACUCUGAAGAUGAGGGUCAGAAAUCGGCUGUGCCGACCUCCCUGCUCGUUGAACCAACGUUUAGCGCAGAGGGCCCACUGGAAGUUCCUUUCGACGACUUUUCAGUCAAGAAGCCUUUCACUGAAGUUCUGUUUGAUGACUUCUCCGUCACACCUAGGAGAUGGGGGUCCAAGAGUAGGGUCCCCCAAACCCCAGAGCCAGACUCUGGGCUGGAAGAUGUCUGGGUUCGCCGGGCCCCCGAUGUUGACUCACGGACACAUCAAGCACCGCAGCUAGACCCGCUGAAGGAAUCGGAUGUCCUCCCUCGUCCCUUGAUACCGUGCCUCGUCCCUCAACCCCAGGAGGAACCGAGGAGGCCAUAUGAGUUCCCGACAGUGGAGCAGAAAAAGGCAGAGGUGGUGGAGGAAGAUGAAGAUGAAGAGGUGCAUGAAGAGAAAAAGGAGGAGAGGGAAGGAGGAGUGGCUGAGCUGAAGGAGAAGUGGAAUAGUUUUAGUGCGACAGGGGAUGGUUUAGACAAUGAGGCUCUGCUCAACAACGAACCUGAGCAGCAGUAUGAAGACCAUGAACACGAUGACGUUUCUGAGUCUGAAGCUGAGAGCCCCACACCUGCCCUUGAGUCUCACUCGGACGUCCACCUGGAUGAAUUUGAUGGUGUUGAACCCCGUACUGAACCAGAGCCGCCUGCUUUCCCAGAGAGCUCCGCCCCUCUACUGGACAACAAGGCCCUGCGGUCGAGGGCGGAGCUGAGGAAGAGGAUGAGCCAGCGGACACGUCGGCCCAGGACACGUCAGAGCUCGCCCGGAGUCUUCCUCGAUGAAGACUCCACAUCCACCCCUGACUGGAGAGUCAGCGACAACACAGAGGAAACCGCAGAGUCAAACGAGGACGAGAAGGAGAAGAGGAGUGUGAAGGGCCCGCCCACCUCCCAGCGGAGCCCCGUCUUCCCUGGCUUAGAGAGCAGUCACUCAGCCCUGGUGGCUCAGUUGAAGAAGAAAACCGGAGGUGGAGGAGGAGGUGGAGGAGGAGGUGGAGGAAUGGAAACGACACCGGUGAAGGACAAGGCCGCAGCCGCCCGGGAAGAACUAGCAGCUCUCACCCCCUCUCCAUCCAUGCGCUCCCCGCGUUCGGCCGCCCUGCUCCCCGGGGCGGCUCGGGUGCUGCCCCCUAUAGGUGGCAAGGAUGACGGGACGGGCUCUUCUCCCUCGUGGAUGCAGGAGCUGAAGAAGAAGAGGAUGAGUCAGCAGGAAAGUGGGUCCUAACGGCACGCCGGGUUGUGAAGAGCAUUUGCACAGUGGCUUUAAAUCAGGAGUCACUGCAUCACAGCUGGCCAGCGUCUUGUCUUGGUGCUCGCACCGUGUUUGAACCUCCAGUGCCUUAUUACUGUCUUCUGGACGUGUGCCGAUGAUGCAGCAAAAGGGAGUUAGCCAGGAUUUUGCUGUCAAAAGCACCCACUAAGCCCCUUCUUUGUUCAAAAAAAAAAAAAGAAAUCAUCAAUAUGUUGUGAGUUGACAAGUGCCUUUCAUGUGCCAACGGUGGUAUCUUGAGGACAAUGCUUUCUUUAUGAAUCGUCAGUGUGAUUCUGAGCGACACUAUGGACCACCUUUCUGUUCUUUUUACUGCUUUUAUUUUGAUGUCUGAAUGAAUUUUGGCUGUGAUUGCAUUUACCGGAGUUGAUUGAAUGGUGGCUAUCUGUUGAUAGCAAGGUCAUGCGCAGAUUAGAUUAGAGAGGUUUAUGCAGUGACAAAUGUACGAAAAAGGACAGAUGUAAUGGGUUGCUUUUAAUUUUUUCAGGGUGAACAUCUAAAUGUUAUUCACAUGAUUGUGGCCCUGGCACUGGUAUAUAUUAACCUGCUAAAUUGCACCUUAAGAAUAAAGAUGAAAAAGUACAUCGAUCCUGCAUAUUUAAUUAAAUCGGUGACAGCAGAGGUAACAUGAUUUAUAUUGAAUGAAUAUAAUAUAAUGAGUAAAAACACUAUCCAGUUAAUGUGUGAUUGUUAUUAUUGUUCAUAAGUAUGUUUUCUAUGUUGUAAUCAUAUUUGUAUGUAUGUCAAAUGCAGGGGAAUCAUGGGAAAUACAUUUUCUAAAAACUA